CCUCGCUGUUCGGGUUUGCUUCCUGGUGUCUGGGUCUCGGAACCUUGAGGAGAUUUUUCAAGCGGCUUGAGGGGUACCCCGAGGUCUCCGCGCCCGGCGCCAUGUCCUGGCCGUCCACGAGGGAUCCUGAUUGGAAGUAUUUGCAGUCUGCCCAGUAUGGAACCCAUGGAAAUUUUCCAAGACUUUCAUACCCAACUUUCUUUCCACGUUUUGAAUCCCAAGACAUUAUCCCUCCAGAUGACUUCCUAAAUAGUGAUGAAGAGCUAGAUUGUGUUUUAUUUGGAAUUUUGAGAGGUCAAGUUGUUGGACUACGCUAUUACACAGGAGUAGUAAAUAAUAAUGAGAUGGUUUCUUUACAACGAGAGCCUGAUAAUCCCUACGAUCAGAAUGCAAUUAAAGUGAACAAUGUGAAUGGAGAUCAGGUCGGCCAUUUAAAGCGGAAUCUUGCAGCUGCCUUGGCCUUUCUCAUGGACAACAAAUUGGUACAAGUGGAAGGAGUAGUUCCUUUUGGUGCAAAUAAUGCUUUUACCAUGCCUCUUCAUAUGACUUUUUGGGGAAAAGAAGAAAAUAGAAAAGUGGUUUUAGAUCAGUUGAAGAAACAUGGAUUUAAACUGGGUUCCACCUUGAAAGAUUUAGGAUUGAGUUCGAAGAAUAGUUUGGUCUCUGGAAGAUCUGGACCAAGAUAUAAUAUGCCAGCUCAUGUUGCGGUACAGAUGACAGCUGAACAGCUCAAAACGGAAUUUGACAAAUUAUUUGAGGAUUUAAAAGAAGAUGCCAAAACUAAUGAGAUGGAGCCAGCUGAGGCUAUUGGAACCCCAUUGCUUCCACACCAAAAACAAGCUCUGGCUUGGAUGAUUUCACAAGAGAACAGUAAAGAACUUCCACCAUUCUGGGAACAACGAAAUGACUUAUAUUAUAACACAAUAACAAAUUUUUCUGUAAAGCAACGACCAGAAAAUGUUCAUGGAGGAAUUUUAGCUGAUGAUAUGGGUUUGGGCAAAACUCUGACUGCUAUUGCAGUGAUUCUGACCAACUUUGCUGAUGGCCAGCCUCUUCUCAGUAACAGAAGAGAGAAGAAUCAUCCCAGAAAGGAAUACAAGGACGAGACUGUUAAACUCAGAGGAAGUAAUACUAACAACGAGGCUGAUGGACUAAGCACAGAGCCAUCUAGAUGUGGCGGAGAACCCGUUAUUUCACAUAUUCAGGAGAUGAAUAAGUUUCUCAUAUCAGAAGUGUCUAGCUUUUGCCCUAAAAGAAGAAAAAUUUCUGUUGAGUAUACUGAAAGCAGUGAUUCAGAGAAAAUUGAAACUAGUGAGCUGGCACAGAAAAUGAAAGGAUCAUCUAAAGUUAAAGAAGAUACAACAUUUGCUCAUGCACUUACUUCAUCUGCCCCUGUAACAAAGAAGAAAAUGUUGAAAAAGGGAGCAUCUGUAAUGGAGGGGUUAAAGAAAUGUGACACUGGAGAGAGGUCAAGAGCAACACUGAUCAUCUGUCCACUUUCUGUGCUGAGCAAUUGGAUUGACCAAUUUGGACAACAUAUAAAAUCAGAAGUGCACUUGAAUUUUUAUGUUUAUUAUGGUCCUGACCGUAUUAGAGAUCCCAACUUGCUUUCAAAACAGGAUAUUGUUUUGACUACUUAUAAUAUUUUAACUCAUGAUUAUGGAACUAAAGAUGAUAGUCCAUUACAUAGCAUAAAAUGGCUAAGAGUAAUUCUGGAUGAAGGACAUGCCAUACGAAAUCCAAAUGCUCAACAAACAAAAGCUGUACUUGACUUAGAGGCAGAAAGAAGAUGGGUAUUGACAGGUACUCCUAUCCAAAAUUCUUUAAAGGACUUGUGGUCUCUACUGUCCUUUUUAAAGCUUAAACCAUUUAUUGAUAGAGAAUGGUGGCAUAGAACAAUACAACGUCCUGUUACAACAGGAGAUGAGGGAGGACUUAGACGUUUACAGUCCUUAAUUAAAAGUAUUACACUUCGAAGAACAAAGACAAGCAAAAUUAAGGGGAAACCUGUUUUGGAAUUACCAGAAAGGAAAGUAUUUAUUCAGCAUGUUUCACUUUCAGAAGAAGAGAGAAAGAUUUAUCAGUCUGUUAAAAAUGAAGGCAAAGCUAUCAUUGGAAGGUAUUUUACUGACGGUACUGUCCUUGCGCACUAUGCAGAUGUCUUGGGUCUUCUGCUUAGAUUGAGGCAGAUUUGUUGUCAUAUUCAUCUUCUUACAAAUGGCAUAUCUUCCAGUGGUUCCUCUGGAAAUGAUACACCUGAAGAACUGAGAAAGAUGUUAAUAAAAAAGAUGAGGUUAAUUCUGAGCUCUGGUUCAGAUGAAGAAUGUGCAAUUUGCCUGGAUUCAUUAACGUUUCCUGUGAUAACACAUUGUGCACAUGUGUUUUGUAAACCUUGUAUUUGCCAGGUCAUUCAGAGUGAGCAGCCACAUGCUAAAUGCCCUUUAUGCAGAAAUAAUAUACACGGAGAUAAUUUAUUGGAAUGUCCUCCAGAGGAAUCGGCAUGUGACAGUGAGAAAAAAUCCAAUAUGGAAUGGACAUCCAGUUCAAAGAUCAAUGCUCUAAUGCAUGCUUUGAUUGAAUUACGGACAAAGAACCCCAACAUAAAAAGUUUGGUUGUUUCUCAGUUUACCACUUUCCUGUCUUUAAUAGAAACACCACUUAAAGCCUCAGGAUUCAUGUUUACUCGUUUAGAUGGUUCCAUGACUCAAAAGAAAAGAAUUGAAUCAAUUCAGUGUUUUCAAAAUACAGAAGCAGGAUCUCCCACCAUAAUGCUGCUGUCCUUAAAAGCAGGUGGAGUUGGCUUGAAUCUUUGUGCAGCUUCUCGGGUGUUCUUAAUGGAUCCAGCCUGGAACCCUGCUGCAGAAGAUCAGUGCUUUGACAGAUGCCAUCGGCUUGGCCAGAAGCAAGAGGUUAUCAUUACAAAAUUCAUUGUAAAGGAUUCUGUCGAAGAAAAUAUGUUGAAAAUACAAAACACAAAACGAGAACUUGCAGCCGGUGCUUUUGGAACUAAAAAACCAGAUGCUAAUGAAAUGAAGCAAGCUAAAAUAAAUGAAAUCAGAACUUUAGUUGAUUUAUAAUUUGUAUGACUUUUGUAAGGUUGGGUUGAACAGAUGCCUAAGUUUUACACAUGACAAAUACAGAUUUAAGAAUGAGGUAUAGAACAUAUUCUUUCUAUAUGGAGCAUUUUUUUCUAUUAAUAAAGUGGUAUUACUGACAUA